AUUCUGGGGGAAAAAAAUGAAUCACACUGCUUCACAGCUGACCUUUACCCUACAGACACUGGAGUGUACUGGUGUGAGUCUGCAGCAGGAGAGCGCAGUGAAGCCGUCAGCAUCACAGUGACCAGUGGCACUGUGAUCCUGGACAGUCCUGUCCUUCCUGUGAUGGAGGGAGACGAUGUGACUCUGAGCUGCAGAAACAAGAACAUCUCCAACCUCACAGCUGAUUUCUAUAAAGAUGGGCGUCUCAUCAGGAGCAGCUCUACAGGAAACAUGACCAUCCACUCUGUCUCUAAAUCUGAUGAAGGACUCUACAAGUGCAACAUCUCUGGAACUGGAUCACCAGACAGCUGGCUGACUGUCAGAG